AUGAAAUUCGGCCGCCAGUUCGAGUCCGAGUCUGUUCCGGAAUGGAGCCUUCAUAACAUCGACUACAACACUCUCAAGGACUUCAUCAAGGUCCACACGACGCGGCACCAGGCCUCGGCCAUCACAAUCCCCGGCCAAAAGGACACGGCAUUACAGCGCUUUGAAUCUGAGUUUUACGAUGAGCUUUGCCGGCAACACGACCGUGUCGGUCUCUUUGUAGCCACCAAGGCCGAUGAGAUCAACCGGCGACUGCAACAUCUGUCGGACCAAAUCCACCGCCUGCUUCUGCGUUCCACGACAUCUGCGCGUGGCACAACAGCUCUGAAGCGCCAGCGGCGGUUUGUCAAGUACGAGCGGGCAACGCUGGCGCUGCAAGACGAGACCAAGGACCUGUCUCGCUUUGUCAACGCCCAGGUCGUCGCCUUCCGCAAGAUCUUGAAGAAGUACAAGAAAUGGACCGGGUCCGGUGCUCUGACGCUUCGCUUCCGCGACAACGUCCUGUCCGAUCCCAAGAGCUUCACUCGCCGCCAGUUCGACCACCUGUACGGCCAAUGCGACGAGCUGCUUGCCACCCUGCGCGUGUCCACCCCCCUCAGCAGCUCUCCGCAAACACCUCGCGAGGAGCUGUCCUCCCCCGAAUUCCCCGAGUCACAAUCACACCGGCCCAGCCACGGCCACGCCUUCUCGUCCUCGUCUUCCACCAUCCAAGCGCUCUCCUCUUCCGCCGGCUCGUCACACCCCGCACCACCACAACGCCCCGCCUCGCAAGGACGCCGCCUGACGCUGCUUGCAUCUGCGCCUGUGCAAACACAUUAUUGGAACGAAUACGAUGACGGUAGCGAGGCGGGCGACGUCGGCAACGCCGGGCACGGUGGAUAUGCCAUCUACCUGCACCCCGAUGAGGAGGAGGACUUUCCCGGCAUGGCUACGCUUGUCUCGUUCUUUACCGUCCCGCUCGAAAAGGCAAAGAAGUGGAUGGCGUCCCGCACCUCAAAGGCCAGCGCCGACGGCGGCCCGCUGCUUUCCCAGAGCGGCGGUUUCGCCGACUAUGGCACGACACGGCGCGGCAGCGAUGACGGUGGCGGCCUCUUUGACGCUCUGCCCCAGCACGAGCGCGACGCGGGCAUGCCCAGAGACGAGACGGCCGGGAUCCACCAUGAUGGCGAGGACGACGGCGGAGACGAUGCGGACCACGACAGCACGGAAGAGGACGAUGCGUUUGCUAGCGACAGCGACUUCCCUCACGGCUACGAGACGUACUACGCCGCUCUGCCGUCCAUCGACGACCAGCGCCUCGCGCGCUACCGCGAGACCAUGCUCGUCCGGGCCACGAUUGGCUGCUUCGCCGGGGCUCUUGUGCUGCUGGGGGUGGCGAGCAUCCUCAUCUCCACGGGCAAGCACAAGCUGCGCGUGGAGGUUGAUGCCGGUGUCAUCAUGGGCGUCAUGGCCAGCUUGGGCUUCACCUGUGCGGCCCUCGGCAUGAACAUGGCCCGCCGCGGCACCGUCUCCGUAGCUAGUACGGUGGCCGUAUGGUCCUCCUUUGCCAUCAUCUGUGCCCUCAACGGCGCAGUGUUGGUUCUCGUGAUGGGCAACACGGUCAUUGCGAAUAUUCCGUCCUAG